UUCAUUUUGAGGAAAGGAAAUGAAAUUUGCAAUUAUCAAUUGAAUUAUAUAUAGCUGCUGAACGAUACAGCUGGAAUAUAGGUCAUCGCCAUCAUGAUCACAAAACUCGAUGCAUACCAACAGAGGAUAUCAUUUCGAACUGAGUGUCCACAUCAGUCAACAGUCAGUGAACUUCGAGGUCUACGAUGUUAUUCGAAGAAUAUUGGCCCUAUUUUGUGGUUGGAUUAUUUUUGUAUGUGACAGUGAGGGUUAGUUACGUUUUCUACAAAGGGCUUCAAAAGAGGAAUAUGGGGCUGGACAAGAAGAACGAAGAUUUUGGGAAGCUCAACCGCACGAAUCAAGUUAACGAUGUAGAUAUGGACAAAGACAGCUCCUCUGAGGAAGAUGGAAUUAUACCUGCACUUCCAAGCGACUUGAAGCAUAUACCAUUCAAUUUUGAAAAAAUACCAGAAGAAAUAGCCAUAGCAAAAUCCGAAGAAUUUUUCGAAAUGAUGAAUAAAAGGAGAACCGUGCGACAAUUCAGCAAACAACCUGUUCCACUUGAAAUAAUCCAUAACAUCAUAAAAACAGCAGGCACAGCCCCAAGCGGUGCUCACACAGAACCAUGGACCUACGUGCUGGUGUCUUCUCCACAGACCAAACAAACCAUCAGAGAGAUCAUCGAGGAAGAAGAGGAGAUCAACUAUACGAGGCGCAUGGGAAAAGUGUGGACGACGGACCUGAAGCCUCUGAGGACCAACUGGGUGAAAGAAUAUUUGACGGACGCACCGUAUCUUAUCCUGGUGUUCAGGCAAACUUACAGCUUGAGGGACAAUGGGAACAAGAAAUUGCAUUAUUAUAACGAACAGAGCGUUUCGAUUGCAACUGGAUUUCUCUUAGCAGCUAUUCAGUAUGCAGGUUUGGUGUCUCUAACUUCAACCCCUCUGAACUGUGGUCCAGCUCUAAGAACCUUAUUGGAAAGGCCCACUAACGAAAAAUUAGCGCUUCUUCUACCUGUGGGAUACCCUGCUGACGAUUGUUUGGUUCCAGACUUAUAUCGGAAAUCCUUAAAGGAAAUAUUGGUGGAAUUCUAGUGUAGGGAAAUUUGUAAUGUGUUUCAUUGAUUAUAGCUAGGUAAACUUUAUCCAAAAUCGAUUCCCACUAAGCAUAUUUAGAAGCUAUGUUGAUGCAAGGUUGUAGCAAUUCCUUAAACGGACGUUCAGCAAUAUAGCAAAUGUGAAAUUGUAAAUGUAACGUUCCAGCAAU